CGAUGAUUGUGUAAUUAAAUAAUUAAAAACAAUCCUCAAGUCUCAUUUGGGGAAGCGAACUGGAAGGGGGUCCCCAGGGUGUAACCGGUGGAUUUUCCAACUUCCAAGUUUUGCAGCAAGCGAGAGAGGGAGCAAAUGGGGAGGGAGAGAGGGAGAGAUUUAUCGUUUUGAAUUUUCAAGAGAUCAUUUUUAUUAUAGUGGGCGUUUGGAAAGCAGCCUCUUAACAUUGCCCACAUUAGAGAGAGAGAGGGAGGGAGUGGAUAGGCAGAGAGAGGCACAGGCUGCUGCGAGAGAAGCCCGGAGAUUGCGCGCUGCGAAGCAUUUCCCAGCCGUGGGGGACUCUCACUCUCACUCACUCUCUCACAUACGCACAUGGUCUAUUCCUUGCAAAGUUUCGCCUGCGAUUACUUCGGGACUUUCCUGCUCCGCUCCGGGCUGUAACCUUGAACUUCGGUAGCGUGGUGACAGUGCAACCACCGCCGCCGCCACCAACAUCUUAAAAGAGCAAACAACAAAAACCCUCCCGUCCACCUCCCCCACCCCCGAAAAAAACCUUCAUCCGAAAACCAGCAGCAGCAGAAGCAGCAAAAGCGACACUCCUGCGCCGCCGACAACAAGAGGGUUAAAAGUGUAGAUUGGAUUUCACCCCGGGAAAUCUAGCACACGGAGUGAACUUGAAUCUUUGGCUAUUUAAGGAGGACUGGGGUUUGCUGUGAAGUUGUGGUGAUCCAGGGCAGAAUCCCGUCCUGAUAGAUCUCAUCUUCCUUGAGUUCUCAGAUGUCUAAAAUGAAUAGAUGAAAUUAUUCCCUUUUGAGGCUUUUCUUAGGGGCUCUCCGGGAAGUGUGUUCUCAAAGCGAAGUCAUGAUGUAUUCUCCCAUCUGUCUCACUCAGGAUGAAUUUCACCCGUUCAUUGAGGCACUUCUACCACAUGUCCGUGCAAUCGCUUAUACUUGGUUCAACCUUCAGGCUCGAAAACGCAAGUACUUUAAAAAACAUGAGAAGCGAAUGUCAAAGGAUGAGGAAAGAGCAGUCAAGGAUGAGCUACUUAGUGAAAAGCCUGAAAUUAAACAGAAGUGGGCAUCCAGGCUCCUCGCCAAACUGCGCAAAGAUAUCCGCCAAGAGUACCGGGAGGAUUUUGUGCUCACUGUUACUGGGAAGAAGCACCCAUGCUGUGUAUUGUCCAAUCCUGACCAGAAGGGUAAGAUUAGGAGAAUCGAUUGCCUGCGACAGGCUGACAAAGUUUGGCGUCUGGAUCUAGUCAUGGUGAUCCUGUUCAAAGGCAUCCCCUUGGAAAGUACGGAUGGAGAGCGACUCAUGAAAUCCCCACAUUGCACAAAUCCAGCACUUUGCGUCCAGCCACAUCACAUAACAGUAUCAGUCAAGGAGCUUGAUUUGUUUUUGGCAUACUACGUGCAGGAGCAAGAUUCUGGACAAUCAGGAAGUCCAAGCCACAAUGAUCCUGCCAAGAAUCCACCAGGGUACCUUGAGGAUAGUUUUGUAAAAUCUGGAGUCUUCAAUGUGUCAGAACUUGUGAGAGUGUCCAGAACGCCUAUUACCCAGGGAACUGGAGUGAACUUCCCGAUUGGAGAGCUUCCAAGCCAGCCAUACUACCAUGAUAUGAAUUCGGGUGUAAAUCUACAAAGGUCACUGUCCUCUCCACCAAUCAGCAAGAGACCCAAAACUAUCUCCAUAGAUGAAAAUAUGGAACCAAGCCCAACCGGAGACUUUUACCCCUCUCCAAAUUCACCAGCUGCUGGGAGUCGGACAUGGCAUGAAAGAGAUCAAGAUAUGUCUUCUCCUACAAUGAAGAAGCCUGAGAAGCCUUUGUUUAGUCCCACAUCUCCUCAGGAUUCUUCACCGAGACUGAGCACUUUCCCCCAGCAUCACCAUCCAGGAAUCCCAGGAGUUGCACACAGUGUCAUCUCAACCAGAACUCCACCCCCACCUUCGCCAUUGCCAUUUCCAGCACAAGCUAUUCUCCCUCCUGCCCCAUCUAGCUACUUCUCUCAUCCAACGAUCAGAUAUCCUCCCCAUCUGAAUCCUCAGGAUACUCUGAAGAAUUAUGUACCUUCUUAUGACCCGUCCAGUCCACAGACGAGCCAGCCUAACAGCAGUGGUCAAGUAGUAGGGAAAGUGCCUGGUCAUUUUACUCCAGUUUUGGCACCCUCUCCCCAUCACAGUGCGGUGAGACCUGUGACUCUGACCAUGACAGAUACUAAACCCAUCACUACAUCCACUGAAGGUGAGGCAUCUUCACCUACAGCAACCACCUACACAGCCUCAGGCACAUCCCAAGCCAAUCGUUAUGUGGGACUAAGCCCAAGAGACCCAUCCUUCCUACACCAGCAACAGCUGAGGAUUUGUGACUGGACCAUGAAUCAAAACGGCAGGCAUUUAUACCCCAGUGCCAGUGAGGAUACAUUGGGAAUUACUUGGCAAAGUCCUGGUACCUGGGCUAGCUUGGUCCCUUUUCAAGUAUCAAACAGGACACCAAUCCUGCCGACAAAUGUCCAAAAUUAUGGUUUGAACAUAAUUGGAGAGCCUUUCCUUCAAGCAGAAACAAGCAACUGAGGGAAAAUGAAACAAAACAAAAAUUUAAAAGAAAAAAAGGAAGGAAGACAGGACAAAAAUGAAACUGAAGAAAGAAGAAAAAUAGACCAGCAAUUGCAGCAUUUACAAUCACUAAUUCCCUUAAGGUUGAAACUGUAAUGACAUAAAAAGGGUCGAUGAUAUUUCACUGAUGGGUAGAAUGCAGCCUCUGCUAAGUAGCCUUUGUUAUAUGAAGUCCGCUGGGAAAUAGAUGUUCUGUCUCUGACAAUAUAUUUUAACUGACUUUCUAGAUGCCUUAAUAUUUGCAUGAUAAGCUAGUUUUAUUGGGUUAGUAUUCUUGUUGUUUACGCAUGGGAUCACUAUUCCUAGUUAUCUCACAAAACAAAGGCUAGGCGGCAGCAACAGAGCUGCAAGAGGACGAGGGCUGUGAGACGGCCAUUUUCUCAACACUAUGAUUUCUAAAAGUUAAAAAAAAAAAAACUCUGUAGCCUUUAGUUAUCAGUACAGAUUUAUUAAACUUUGGCCCUUAACCCAGCCUUUUCUAGCGUGUUACCUAGUUUGGAAUUUUCAAAGUCAGUAUGAACACAGGCUCUCUGGAAGAAAUGCCUCUCUGUAGGUAAAAGAGUUAUCUCCUCUUGCAACAGUAAAAAAAUAAUUUACCUUUUUACCCACUAAAGAAAUACUUACAGAGGCAAGUGCAAUUUAAAAAUUAUAUCUAAAGGGGAACAUCAUUAUAAGUCCUUCAGCCCUUGGACUCUAAAUUGAGGGGAUUAAAAAAAAAAGAAUUUAAAAUUUCUUUGCGCAAAUUUAUUUUCCCCUCAGUUUUGAGGGCAUUAAAUCAAGACAAAUCAUGUCAUUGAGAAGAAGAAAUUAAUGGAAACACAGCACUUAUGUUGGUUUAGCUGCUGCCUCCAUAGAGGGGUAGGAUUUAUUUAUUUAAAGUUACUGGUUGCAUCAAUAACCCAUAGGGUUUAUGUAAAGUUCUAUAAAAUCUGCAUCAUAGAGACGAAGAAAAAGGCAAAUCCAUGUCACAAAGGCAAAGCUUACAGUUUACAGACUGGGAAUAGCAGGAUGGGGGGUAAAAUAUAUUUAAACAUGCACUCUUACAAAAAAAUAAGUCUAAUCACAGGGUGCUGAAAACUUGCAUGGUGCUUUCAGAAAUUAGCCUUGUUCAACACAUUUCUCAUAUUGACAGAACAGUAACGUGCAUGGGCAGACACAUUUUGCCUCUAUGUCUCUUAAAACUAAUUAAUUGAUUAAAAAUACUCGUUCCAGUAAUCCUAAUUUGCACGAAGUUAUAAUGUCCACAUUACGUGCCUUGCCUUGAAAUCUUAAAAAAAAAAAAAAAAAAAAAAGUGACAUCACUCUACUUGUUUUGCUGCAUUUAUUAUUUUAAAUCUUUGCCAUUUUUAUGACAAAAUAUUUUGUACUCCAGAUGGGGGGGAAAAGUGUGACAUCAUGGAUUUUUUAGACAGUUAUACCUUUAUCUCACAUUUAUAAAGCAUAUCAUGGCUGUGUAUAGUUGCCGCUUAAAAAUUGUAAUCGACCAGCAAUAUUUUCAGUAUUUUGGUGUUUUUUCUAUUAACCUUUCAUGUUUUUCAUCUUCCAAUUAAUAUGGGGGGGGGUCAAAUUUAUACGAAUUAUGCAAUACCAAGUUUUGCCUAUGUAGGUAGUGCUUUUAGCUGUAUUGGUUAUUAUAGGUAAGUACACAGAUUUAAAAGAGAAAAAAAAAGAAUAAUGUAUGCUUUUUUUUGUUUGUUUUAAUUGACCAAAGUGGAUACUGCUAUUUUUGCAGUGUGAUGAGGUCCUUUUGUGUACUGAGAGAUGGACAGGGGAUUUUUUUUUAUACAUAUAUAUAUAUAUAUACAUAUAUAUAUAUUCUGGGGAGGGUGGGGAGGAUUUUUAACACUUUACAGUGUAGCUGUGAAGCAGUGCACCCUUAGCCAGGCAAGGGCUGCAAAGCGACUGUUCUGCCUACUGUGACAAAGUUUCAAAUAGGUUCCCUCUUUUUAACUUCCCACCUGGGGUGCAAGCUGAACUCAUUUCUGGAUUUAAAAAAAACAAAACAAAAAAAAGGAUUCUGUUGGAGGCAGACUUGACUUGAGGAAAUUGUUCUACUUUUUAAUUUCGAGAGGUCAAGACCCACAGUGAGACUGAGUCUCUUUUAUUUAUGGCAAAGAUAUGGUAUCCGAAAAUGUACACUUUUAGAGGGUGUUUUUAGCUAGAAUGACAUGGAAACACACUGUCUUCUAUGAGAUGCAUGUACUGAGCCACAUUCUUUGUUGGCGUAACUCAGUUGAUUUUCAGUUGUCUCCAAAGGAGUUACGCCAGCAAAGAAUUUGGAGCACUAUAUUUAAAUGACUGGUGAAUACUCAUUUUCCCUAUGUCAAAGAGGUGGGGUCUUUUUUAGUUUAUUAACACACAACAUCUGAAUUACAGUCAUCUACAUUAGCAGACAGAUGCGACAGGUUUAGAAUUUCUUCACAUACAAAAGUUCAGAUGGAAAGCUGCAGUUCUGUACUGUAACUUGAAUGGAAUUAGAAUACAAUGUAAGGAAAAGUUUAUUUCAAGUAAAGUAAAAUCUUACAGACUAGUGGGCCUAAUGCUGCAAACCUUACGUACAUAAGGACUCCACUUUACAGCUCAACUUUCCUAUCAGUGCACACCCUUUUAUUAGGAUGUGAAUGCAGGGGAGAAUAGACUGCUGAGUGUUGAGCCCCCCGUGGGAUAACUGAGCCCGUAAAGGCUGCUUCUAUUCUAACUUUGUCUUGAAAUUUCCCAUUAUUGAUCUACCCCACUGGGAUGCAGCUCUAACAAUGGUAGCACAGCUGAGCAGUCUAGUGACUACUAGGUGCUGGCAUUUUUACUACUGUGUCAUCCAGCCCUGCUCAGAGUAAGUCCAGAUGACAAUAUAGCUAAAAACAGUGGCAGCUGCCAGCGCCUUGUCUCCACUAGUGCUCCCAUCAUCAUUGCUAUCUCCAUUGGAGCUGUAUCAGUGGGACGUGUUAUGAGAAAGCUGUGUAGGCAAGGCCUAAAAGGCAACAGAGAGAGAAAAUAGAAAAUAAAAAAACCUCAAGAUUUAUAUUUAGCUAAAUUAAAAAAAAAGAAACCAGCUUUAUGUUGCUCUUUUUCUGAGCCCCACAGUAAGUGAAUUUAUUCACUAAGUAAGCGGCUGUUAAGACUAACUGAAAUGUAGUAACAACCUUGAGGAUCUGUUAGGCUGUGGCCUGAUAAAAUAAGCUACAUAUUGUUCUCUCAGCACAUCACGUAAUAAUGAACAAUUAUGAAACAUGGUUAUGUGCUGGAGAACUGUAUUUGAUUAUCCCAUAUAGUAAGAUGUCCCUUUAAACUUUGACUAGCACAGCAGGAUGAAACCAAGGCAAGUCCAGACAAUAAAGUGCAAUAAUUUAAAUGAUGCUUAUCCUUGUAGAUGGCGGAUGCUCUUAACUAAACUUUUCAUGUAUCUUUGACCUAUGGUGUGAACAAAUCAAGCUUACAAACACAGACUCUUUUUUUUAGUCAAAUUCGCUCUUGUGUGAAUGAAUUUUCCUCAGUGGAAUGUUAAGUGACUCUGUGGGUUUUUCUGCCUACCUCUUUAAUAUAAAGGCCUGUUUUGAAUAAAAGAAACCCAAACUUCCUUUUCUUUUCUUUUCUUUUCUUUUUUUUUUUUUCUAAAUUCAAGAGUCAAAAGAUAAAGAAAAUAUUGAGGACUCAAAUCUGGUCUCUAGCCUCCUCCUUCACCAGGAAGUGUAUUCUGACUAAAUCAAGCCACCCCGUUCUAUGUGCACUGUUCUGCCUUUAGUAAGUUGCUUUGCAGCCCUAACCUUAUGGCUGUGCCACUGAAGUGUGUUUCCCCUGGAGUGACAUGAACGUUUGAGGCUUGACUAAGGGAAAAAGGAAAAGGCAGUGAAGGAGACUGUACAUAAAGACAUGGCAAAAAUAUUAAUUAUAGCAAUAUAGUUGUGGGGUGAUGUUCAGGUGGGCAGCUCCAUUGAAAAUAUGUGAAUGAAUCUGUGAAGCUGCAAGUAGCGAGAAGAACGGAGGAUCUUCUUAAUGAACCACCUACCUUGUAGACAGUAAUUUGUACACUGUAUAGUUUUGUUAAGAAUUUUUUUUAAUUAAAGUACCCUUGUUUGUAAAGCUAACUUUUUAACAGUUAUAAUGGAAAUAUAUGACAUUUCCAUUUUUAAAGUAAACAAGAAUAUUCCUUGUUUGGAAACUGGACUUGGGUUAAAACUCUCCAGUUUCUUAAUUUAUGUAUUAAAAAAAUCUGUCCACGUUAGGAGUUAUUUCGCAGAUUCCUAUGCUUGAAAAGCCUAGGUUACUAAUCCUUUAAAAAAAGUUGUAAAUGGAGAAAAGUUAUAUUUUAUGAAGGUUAUUUUGUUGUAUUUAGUAUUGGAAAAGUUAGUUUUCAGAGCAUUUCAGAAUGUUGGAAGCACCACUGUCUUUUUAUUAGUAUAUAUGGCCUUUAGCAAAAGUUUUUUGUGAUUGUUACAUGAUGGUAUUUAAGAUUAGGUUCACUGAGCAUUCAAGAUAGGCAGAGAAUUCUAACAGUACUUAUUGUCUCACAUAGCUGUGUCCUCAGGGAGCAGAAUUUUGGAUUUGCAACUUGUAGCUUCAUAAGGACUUAAUGAAAGAGAUUGCACAGGGACAUACUCAGCCAUGACACCCAAGUGUGUUCUGUACCUAAACUCUAAAUUAUUUGUACAGUGUGAGAUUAUGAAGGCUGCAGAAAGUUAUCCCAUAUUCAGAGUACAGUAUUCACUUUUAAUGAAACAACGCUAUAACGUUACUGGCAGUAAGGCCCUAAGCAUAACAUCCAAUAUAGUUUACAUGAUCCUGUCGAGGUCCUUUAACAUUAACCAGCUGCAUGCUUCCUGAGCUUUUUUUUUAAUUUGGUUUCUGUAGAAAACUUUAAAAAAAAAUAUGCAGGCUAAUCUAGUUCAACAG